AUGGCGGCCCGCGGUGGAAGAGGAGGGUGGGCAGGCGACAAGACGAAACGAUAUAUGAUGGUGGGGACUAAGGACGCCGUGCCAGCUGGCGCCAAGACAGGGGUCGUGGCUCCAGUCCCGAUUAACACGCCGAGCCUUCGUCAAGAAAUCCAAGGGGACAACGCCGGAACCGCCGCCAUCAAUCGGUCUGGUUCCGGGGGGGGCUGGGGCUCCGCCGUUGCCUCCUCGGCAUCAGCGAAUAGCGCUGCAGGCCAGAGUGUUGCAAGCGGUGAGGGCAAGGGGAGAAGGGAUGGGAGCGGUAGGCAACGCGGAGACGACGUUUUCACCCGACAUUUUCCAGACCUCCGAGCAGGCUUGGAACAGGCGGAGAAACUAGAUGCCGUCACCAAGGCCUCAAGCAAGGUGGCCCCUCUUCGCAAGCCGAAGUCUGAACCCGCCAAGGACCAAGGGCCAUCACUGCGACCAAGAGCGAUGCUCAAACCCACGGGGAGUGCGGGGGGUGGCAGCGCUGCUACGGCCGCAGCCCAGGCUGCGAUAGCAGAUGCCGUGCAUAAUCGUGUGGCAACGGCCCCAAAGCCUGAAGAGCGCCGUAGACCCAUGGCCAGCUUUGCGGACGAAAUCAGCACGAAAUCACGAUGGGCGGAGAGACCGUUGCAAGAGGGUGGGUCCAGAGGGCGUGGGGCUGGGCGAGGAACGGGAGGUACUUGGGAAAUGAACAAGGAGAGAGGCCGGGAUUCAGGGCAAGGCGGACGUGGGUUUGAGAGGGCGGAACGAGGACGCCGAGAUGCGUUCCCGGAAAAGGAGGACCGGAGGAGUUUUCGGCAAAACUCCAACAGGAGUGCCAUGAACAGCACUAGAGGCAGGGAAUCGAUCUUUGGCUCCGGGGCCCACGUAGGCGUGGCAAGCUCCACCCAAGAUAGUACGAGCAAAGGGAGCAGUAAGACGCCAUCCACAACAUAUGUCCGCCAACACGGCCCGCCACCCCGCAAAGUUGCCACGCCUGCCACAACUCCGGCGCCCGCCGCUCAACAGGAGCAACCACUGGUGAGCCAGCAACCCACGAGAAGCUCGGCGUAUUCGGCAUCAAAACCCUCCAAUGACCAGUCCCAUGGCGAUCCGUGGGGCAAAUCGGUGGAAACUCCGUCGAAGUGGCGAUCUGCCUCACCCUCAAAUCCCCAGCCAGCCAUGGAUGCCCCGCCGGAGGCUCCGCAGAUGCCCGAUUCCCCGUCAUCCCAGUCUGGAUCAUACGUGCGUGCUCACGGCCCUCCCCGCAGAUCUGGCCGAGAAGGACAGGCUGAUGAGCGCGGCGAAACGUCAAUAUCAUCUUCCCGUCCAGACCAUGACGCAGGUGGCGAACCUACAUCUCGCUUUGGGGGCUCAUGGGGGGCACCGGAGCAAGGCCAAAAUGCGAUGGAUAAGGAUUCUUCGGCGGGUAUAGAACGGACGCAAAGCGGGAGAUGGAAAGAGCCCGCCGGUUCCCUAGCCCCUCCGCCACAUCCCACUAACACCCGAUGGAAAGAACCGAAGGAGGAGCCGAGGGCUGGUGCAAGGAGAUGGAAGGCCAGGGAAGAUGGCCAAAUGGGCGGCGGCAGGUGGGGCAGGUCGGCGGAGGAGGACGCUGACAUAGACGACAGCAGCGCGCAGCAACAGCAGCAGCAGCAACAGCAACAACAGGUACCUCUUGAAGAGUGGCAGCAGGGAGGUGCACAGGCAUCUCGUCGAUCUCAGCAGAACCAGACCGCACACGCCGUGGAGCCACAGCUUCAACAGCAACAGCCUGUCCACCAAUCCCAUCAGCCUGCAUCGCAGCCUCUGCACCUUCAUGAGCACGCCAAUCUUGACCGCGGGUACCAGCGAAAUCCCUCGGAGGGCUUCUCCUCCUUCCAGCCCCAGAAACACCAGAUGCAAGAUCCAGGGCUGCACCAGUUCCAGGCGGAACAUUUCCAGGCCCAGGCUUACCAAAAUCAGCAAUCGGCGAGUCGCGGGCCCCUGCCGGAGCAGCACUUGCCACGACAUCAGUAUCAAUCUGACCACGUACCCGUCCAGCGUCAGCAUUUCAACCAGGUCCAGAUACCGCAGCACAUGCACCCCCCUCAACACAGUGCUCACCAUUCGUUCCAUCAAUCGCAUCAGCAACAGCCACCACAACGGCCGCACCAGGGACACCCUCAGCAGCAAGUAUACCACCAGGGGCAGCAGCUGGACAUGAGUCGGCAGACGAGCCAGGCACAGCAGAUGCACAUGCAUCAACACCACCUGCAGAUGCAGCACCCAUCGUCUGCGUUCAUGAUGCCGUCGCAGGGUAUGGGUACUGAUCCAAGAGGGGCUCGAGGGGUUGGGCUAGGGGGGUUACCAGUACAGAUGGCAACGCCGUAUCGCGACGAGCAGCAGCAGCAGCCACCACCGCCGCCUUCUCAGCACCAGGCAGGCAUGUCGGCGCCAGGCGCAUAUGGUGUUCAGUCUCCAGAAACACACCACAAGCGAUGA